CCACCCACUCGCACUAGCCUCUCUCCCCGAGUAUAUAUAAAGAAGCAGGGCGCAAGCGAAGUGAAGCUCACAAGUGUCACACACACAAACACACAAAUUACAUCUGCACUAGUGCUCGUAGCCAUCAUCAGGAGGGACAGAACGAUGGCGCCUCAGGAUUCGCUAGUGUUCAAGGUGCGCCGAUGCGAGGCCGAGCUGGUCCGCCCGGCGAAGCCGACGCCUCGCGAGCGCAGGAGGCUGUCGGACGUCGACGACCAGGAGGGCCUGCGGUUCCAGAUCCCCGCGAUCCAGUUCUACCGGGGGGACGGCACGGGGCGGGACCCGGUGCAGGCCGUCCGGGAGGGGCUCGCCAGGGCGCUGGUGUUCUACUACCCGCUCGCGGGCCGCCUGAGGGAGCUCCCGGGCCGGAAGCUGGUGGUGGACUGCAACGAGGCCGGGGUGAUGUUCGUGGAGGCCGACGCGGACGUGACCCUCGAGCAGUUCGGGGACGCCCUCCAGCCUCCCUUCCCCUGCCUGGAGGAGCUCCUCUUCGACGUCCCGGGCUCCUCCGCCGUCCUCGACGCCCCUCUCUUGCUCAUUCAGGUGACUCGUCUCAAGUGCGGGGGCUUCAUCUUCGCGGUGCGCCUCAACCACACCAUGUGCGAUGCGCCCGGGCUGGUCCAGUUCAUGAACGCCGUGGGGGAGAUGGCGAGGGGCGCCGAUGCCCCCUCCGUCCUCCCCGUAUGGGAGAGGGAGCUCCUGGACGCCCGAGACCCGCCCCAGAUCACGUGCACCCACCAGGAGUAUGAUCAGGUGGAGGACACCAAAGGCACCCUCAUGCCGCUCGACGACAUGGACCACCGGUCCUUCUUCUUCGGAGCCGCCCAAAUGUCCGCCCUCCGCAGCCGGGUGCCCCCCCACCAGCACGCGAGCUCCAAGUUCGAGAUCCUCACCGCGUGCCUCUGGCGAUGCCGCACCAUCGCGCUCCAGCCCGACCCCGAGGAGGAGGUGCGGGUGCUGUGCAUCGUGAACGCCCGGACCAAGUUCGACCCUCCCCUGCCGACCGGGUACUACGGGAACGCGUUCGCAUUCCCCGUGGCAGUGACUAGCGCGGACAAGCUGUGCCAGAACCCGCUGGGGUACGCGCUGGAGCUCGUGAAGAAGGCCAAGGCCGACGUGACGGAGGAGUACAUGCGGUCCCUGGCGGACCUGAUGGUGAUUAGGGGGAGGCCCCACUUCGCGGUGGUGCGGUCCUUCCUCGUGUCGGACACGACCAAGGCCGGGUUUGGGGACGUCGACUUCGGGUGGGGAAAGGCGGUGUACGGCGGCCCGGCCAAGGGGGGAGUCGGGGCCAUCCCCGGGGUGGCCAGCUUCUACAUCCCCUUCCGGAACCGGCAGGGCGAGAGCGGCAUCGUCGUCCCGGUGUGCUUGCCGGCCCCGGCCAUGCGAAGAUUCGUGCAGGAGCUGGACGCCUUGCUGAAGGAUCCACCCCCUACCACUUCCAACAAGAAGUCAACCUUCGUCAUUUCUUCCCUGUGAACUGCAUCCGCCUACGCAAUUUCAAUUUCGAUCUGGUGUGAUGAUGAUCUGUCGUUUUUACUUUUUGUAUGGGAAUGAAAAGCUCGUAUGCUGCUCUACUAUCAAA